AUUCCUAUCAUCCUCAUUUCAGGACACAAGAAAGACAACAACAGAUCACCGACAAAGUGAAAAUAUCUGAAAACAGAUGUUGAAGAAAGCCUUUGUGAUAGAAAAACUAUUUUCAAGAAAAAAUAAGUGAAAAGACAGAGGAUCUGGAAAACGUCAAACAGAAAUACUCUGUAGAAUUUUCAAAGGACAUCAUGAAGAUCUUCAAUGACCCCAUUCAUGGACACAUUGAGCUUCACCCGCUGCUGGUGAAGAUCAUUGACACUCCUCAGUUUCAGAGACUCAGACACAUCAAACAACUAGGAACAAAAUAUCUGGUGUAUCCUGGAGCCACUCACACUCGCUUCGAACACUCAAUCGGUGUGGCGCAUUUAGCAGGAUGUCUUCUCAAGACUCUACGUGAGAAUCAGCCAGAGCUCAAUAUUACUGAACAGGAUUUCCUGUGUGUUCAGAUCGCUGCUCUUUGCCAUGACAUGGGUCAUGGUCCGUUCUCUCAUUUGUUUGAUGGCAUGUUCAUCCCGGAAGUCCAGCCUGAUGAUGAGCAUUGGGAGCACGAGCAGGCGUCUGUUGACAUGUUUCACUGCAUGAGAAAGAAGAAUGGACUGGACAAAGAGAUGGACCGCUACGGACUGAAUCUAGAUGAAGACAUCACAUUCAUUGAGGAAUUAAUUCUGAAAGGACAAAAGGAUGGCGAGUGGUCAAUGAAGGGCAGGACUGAGGACAAGUCUUUCCUGUAUGAGAUUGUGGCUAAUAAAGUGAAUGGCGUUGAUGUGGACAAAUGGGAUUAUUUGGUUCGAGACUGUUAUUAUCUCGGCAUUCCAUGUGGUUUUGACUCUCAGCGUCUGCUGAAAUCUGCUCGAGUGUGUAAUGUGAACGGGAGGAAACACAUCUGCUUCAGAGACAAGGUGGCUGAUAAUGUUUAUGGGAUGUUUCUCACCAGAUACACUCUUCAUCGUCAGGCUCUUCAGCAUAAGAUCGGAUACAUCAUUGAUGUCAAGAUCAAGGAAGCCCUUGUGCUAGCUGAUGGCGAGCUGAGGAUCUCAAAAGCCAAAGAUAACAUGCUGGAAUUCACAGAACUCACAGAUCACAUAUUUGAUGAAAUCUUGAAGAGUCCUUUGUUAGUUGGAGAGGCCACACUGAAAGAAACUAAAUUAAAGGGAGAACUGCAGAAUAAAUGGAGGAUAAGGGUAAAGGACUACAACCGGUCUCACACCGCAGGACCAAAACUCAAAGCUGAUGACUUUGACAUUAAUGUGACUGAUCCUGGGAUAAAGAGGCUUCCUAAAUGUCUAGUUAUUAGAGUGUACCACAAAACAGAUGUUGCUCAAGAGGUACAUAAGAAAGCUCAGGAAUGCUUUCUUGAGUGGUGCAGAGAAGAGGACUUUAUUGAUUCCGCAGACAAUCUGGCUCAAGCCCAGAAGAUUCUGCAAAAUAUUGUCAAUAGACGACUGCCAAAGUUUGUUGGAGAGGUGCGUCUAAAAGAAGAAGAAUUAAAGGAAAUAGCUGAAGCCAAAGCACUGCCUGAUAAAGCCUUCAAGACCAAACUGUAUAAGGAAAUACUGAAUAAGUUUGGGAAGUUUAAGCCACCACAGGAGGAGAAGAACUUUGACAUUCAUGUUCUUGAGAUGGGUUUUGGUGAAGUGGGUAAUGAGCCCAUUGAUAAUGUUCAUUUCUACAGCAAGAAUGAGCCAAACAGAGCCUUCAAGAUGCAGAAGUACCAGGUGUCCAAUCUCAGGCCUAAGAAGUUUCAUGAAUUUCUUGUGAGGGUCUAUUACAAUCCACCGAAUCAGGAGGAUCCAGAGAGUGAGGAGCAUUGGAAGAAGGUCCAGCAGGAAGCUGAGAAGUACUUUCCUGACUGGUGCAGAGAAAAUAAAAAGUUUAUUGAUUUUGAGCCUGAUUCAGAUGACAACACAUCCAGCCAGCAGACAGCUUCAUCAUCGACCUCAGCAGGGCCAGCACAGGAAUCAAGAAAGGCUUCAUCAGCAGCAGAGAAAUCCCAAGACCAUCCAACCCCUUCAGGCAAGAUCUUCAAUGAUCCCAUUCAUGGACAAAUUGAGCUUCACCCCCUGCUGGUGAAGAUCAUUGACACUCCUCAGUUUCAGAGACUGAGACACAUCAAACAGCUCGGAGGAACAUAUCUGGUGUAUCCUGGAGCUACUCACACUCGCUUCGAACACUCAAUCGGCGCCGCAUAUUUAGCAGGACGUCUGGCAGAAGUUCUGAACGAGAAACAUCUGAAGGAGUUUAAAAAUGAACAGAGCCAGUUGAUUGAGGAGAAAGAAAUCCUGUGCGUCCAAAUUGCAGCUCUGUGCUAUAAUUUAGGUCAUGGUCCAUUCUCUUACGUGUUUAAGGACAGGUUCAUCCCUAAAGACCCUGGCAAUCAGUGGACGCUUCAGGAUGCCUCGGUUUGGCUGUUUCUGGACAUAGUAAAAAACAAUAAGCAACUGGAAAAAGAGCUGAAGAAAGAUCUCAACUUUAUUAAGGAGUUGAUAAAAGGAGUUGAUACUUCAGAUGAAGGGUGGCCAGCGAAGGGCAGGACGGAGGACAAGGCUUUCCUGUAUGAGAUCGUGGUAAAUAAAUGGAAUGGCAUUGAUGUGCGCAAAUGGGACUAUUUUGCACGAGACUGUCAUCACCUCGGCAUCCCAAACAGCUUCGACCAUCAGCGUCUGCUGAAAUCUGCUCGUGUGUGUGAGGUGGAGGGGAGAAAACACAUCUGCUUCAGAGACAAGGUGGCUGAUAAUAUUUAUGACAUGUUUCACACCAGAUACACUCUGUAUCAGCAGGCCUACCAGCACAAGAUCGUCAACAUCAUCGAAGAGAAGAUCUCAGAAGCCCUCAUAGCAGCGAAAGACAAGAUCAGACAGCUCUCACCAACUGCUGUGACAUCAGUGAAAGAGUUCAUGAAACUGAACGAUCACAUCUUUGAGGAGAUCUUGUACUCCACUGGUGACGAGCUGAAAGAUGCUCGGAUGAAGCUCGAGGAUGUUGUGAAGAGACACCUGCCCAAGUGUGUGGGAGAGACUAGAAUAACACAAACUGAACACAAUGACAAACAGAUCUUAGAGGAAGAGUGGAAUAAAGCAGUGGAAGAGUGGAACAAACUUCUGCCAACUGUGUUCUUGGAUAAGAAGGAUUUCACCAUUGAUACUAUUAAACUGGACUAUAGUGACAACAAGGCUGAAAACAAGACUGAAGACAAGGCUGAAAACAAGGCUGAAAACAAGACUGAAACAAGGCGGGACCUCAUCAAAAAAGUCUAUUUCUACAGGAAGAGAAACCCCACUGAAGUCAUCAAGAUUAAGGAAUAUGAGAUAUCCAGUCUGCUGCCAGAGGAGUUUACUGAAUAUGUUGGUCGGGUUUACUACACAAAACAAUCAGACGAGGAGGAGAGGGAUGCUAAGGAGUGCUUCAGAUGGUGGCGUCUCCGUGAGGACGGGGUGUGUAUGAUUCUGGUCUUCAAUCAGGAAGGGUUUAGAGGAAAUUGGAGCUUGAUCACAGGAGACUGUCCAUCAUUGGACGGCUGUGGUAUAACAGAGGUCCGCUCCUGUAAGGUGCUCAGUGGUGUGUGGGAUCUCUAUGAGGACCCUGACUACAGUGGAGACCAUUACGUGCUCGAGGAGGGACAGUACGGUAAUCCUACGGCAUGGAGCGAUCCCAUAUCCACUACUUCCGCUCCUGCUCGGUCUCUUAAAUGUGUGCCAUUCAAGAUCCAGCUCUAUGAAAAGGUGGAUUUUGAAGGAAAAAUCUUUGAGACAACAGGAAACUGUCCAUCAUUGGACGGCUGUGUUAUAACAGAGGUCCGCUCCUGUAAGGUGCUCAGUGGUGUGUGGGAUCUCUAUAAGGACCCUGGCUACAGUGGAGACCAUUACCUGCUCGAGGAGGGAGAGUAUGGCAAUCUUAACACAGGGAGCGAUCCCAUAUCCACUACUUCCGCUCCUGCUCGGUCUCUUAAAUGUGUGCCAUUCAAGAUCCAGCUCUAUGAGAAGGUGAAUUUUGAAGGAAGAAUCUUUGAGACAACAGAAGACUGUCCAUCAUUGGACGGCUGUGGUAUAACAGAGGUCCGCUCCUGUAAGGUGCUCAGUGGUGAGUGGGUUCUCUGUAAGGGUCCUCAAUACACCGAACCCAGUCAGCCACUGAAGAAGAGGAAGUAUGAAAAACCUGAGGCUUGGGGUCCCGAUGGCAACACUGCUCCUGCUCUGUCUGUUAAACGUUUAAAGUCCACUCCAUCUGUCGCCCUCAUUCAUCUGUAAAGUAGGGCUGUCAAUUUAAAGCAUUCAUUUAAUGUUUAAUUAUCAUUUCUAAACAAAAAUACUCUAAUCAGUGAUUUACGCUGCUGUCAUAAUCAUGUAGUAUCUUUUACUUUUUAUUUUAAUGGUUUUCUCUGCCAAUAGUAAUAUAUACACUGAAUUGAGAAUAACUUGAUUAAUUACUUAGCAUAUCAUGCAAUUAAUUUGAUUUAGCAGAUGCUUUUAUCCAAAGUGACUAGAAAAUAAGGAACACCAGAUUAAAUUAUUACAACUGAUUGAGAGUUAUUGAAGCCACACGUGAUCAUAUGAGAUUAUUUUGUGAAUAAAUGUUGUGGCAGAUGCUGCUGACAAAGAGCAGUGCAAUGAAAAAUCAGUGAUGAGAAAGUAAAAUCAUAAAAGUAAAUCAAUCCAAAGAAACCGAGCUACUAAACUAAAGUGGAGGGAGAUUUUAUCUUGAUUUGAGUUCUCCACAAAUACAGUAAACAGAUAUUUGAGCCUAAUGGCUGAUUUAUGUUCUUGUUUGAGCAGAUCUCUAUGUGCUUGUUAUUAUUAUUAUUCACAAUGUGUUGCUGAUGUUGGGUAAAUCUUCACAAGUUAACAGUAGAGGAUGGUGAAGGGUUAUGUAACACUAUUAGAGGUUUGUUUGGUGAUGGAUAAAUAUAGGUAAAUGAGGAAUCAUUUAUUUUCUUGUAAUUUCUUCAGAUGUGUGUGUAGAUCAGAGAUCUGGUUACAGUACGAUAUAUUUUGGGGUUUGAGUUACUAAUUUUUAGAGAUUUAAUUUGACAUAGAAUAAGUCUUUCUACAUUUGAUAUUGUACCUUUUAGGAUGUAGGAGUUCAUUUACAUAUUUCUGGGUGAUUUCUGGGAAAACAUGAGUUAUUCAGGGGAUAAAAUGUAAUGCUUUUCAGUUUGUUAUUCUCAGAAACUGACAAAAAUAAACUGUAUUGCAUCAACAACAA